AUGGAGCUGAUCGACAACCUUCAUUUCGUCGCUACUCCUGAAUCUAUGUACCGCCAACUCCGCAAUCGUCGGCUGCAGCCCCAAGAAUCUGCCCUCCGCUACCUGUUUGAUAUGCAGCGCAUAGCUGGCCAAGCCGACAUCCCUGAUUCGGAACUGAUCCCGAUCGUCAUCGACGGCUUGGGAAGCCCGUCAAUUACUUCAAGCCUGCAUUUCAUGCCCCUCACGAUGGAAGAUUUCCGGAAGAAGCUGAAGCUUUUCGAGUCUUGCCGUCAUCUUCGAGCCAUCAAGCCCCCUUCCGCCGAUAUUCGGGCCCCGAUGAACAGCCGUAUGGAACGGCCCCAACCGUCGCAGGAACCUGUCCGCUGCUUCAACUGCUCCCGAUUUGGACACCUUCAGAGUGCCUGCUCCAAGCCGAAGCGCCCACCCGGCGGAUGUUUCCGCUGUUUCCAGACUGGGCACGUCUACCGCAAUUGCCCUGAACGUCGGGCCAACGCCACUGUUGAGGGCGGUAUUAGCUCGGAAGAUACUCUCGGCACAAACCAAGAGGGAGUCCUGUGAGCUUCAUCAGUGACACAGUAGUACCAGCUAGGCUGCUAGGACCUCUUUCAACAACUGAAUACUGCACUAUGGUUAAGGGACCACUUUAUUCUCGAGGACGAAUUAAUUGCACAAUCC